UUCCCCCUCUCUGGGGCAGGGGAUGAGACUAAAUAAACUAGCCUGGCUCUAAAAAACCAACGGGAUCCCAGGCAGCUCUGGAGUGAUGCAACAAGAACCCAGGGCCAAGGUGCACCCCAAAAACCGCGGCGACGUGCUGCAUGCUCCAGGCCAGACGAGCUACAUUAAGGACCUGUCAGUCCCUUGGGUUUUGAAUGUGUCCGGAUUAAUGUCGUCCUCAUCCUUGGAACAGGCCUCCGACCUCAGCCUGCCCAACCUUUGAUUCACCCCACUAGUGGUCAAAUGGGAUGUCCGGCAAUUGAGGGCCACUUAUCUGGAACUUUGGCUGGCACCCCAGAACUCUGGAGCGUUAAGGAUAGGCCUCUGCACCACUUGGUCCCCAGCUCCGGAGGGAUCGAAUGGCUCCGAGAGGACUGCCCCUAAAGCCACUGUCCUCCCUCCUCCAUAGCUCCGAUGACUCAGGCCAGCAACCCUGCCAGGUCCGAGCCCGCGGACAGGAGAAGGAAAAAGUGUUCUGGCCAGGGUGGGGCCAGGAAUGGAAGGGCGUUUCUCCUUUCACUUUCCCUACUAAGUCAGGGCACAGGGGACAGCCGAAGUCAGUAAGCAGGGAGCCAGCUUCUCUGUCCAGAGUGGAUAGAUUGGACAGAUCCUGACCUUGCACUUCAGACUUGGAGAAGGGCCAUCUCUGAGGGACGGCCAUGGCUCCCAAACGAAAGGCUUCAGGAGGGACUGAGGGUCCCAAGAAGAAGAAAGGGCAGAAGGGGACAGGGGAGGAGGACAGCUUCCGCUCCACGGCUGAGGCUCUCAGGGCUGCACCUACAGAUCAACGUAAAUUCCAUGUGGACGCCACAUGUCCCCUCAGCCAAAAACCCGGCACCCAGGUCCACAAGGACUACGACUGCACCCUGAACCAGACCAACGUCGUCAGUAACAACAACAAGUUUUACAUCAUCCAGCUGCUGGAAGAUGGGGGCCGCUUCGCCUGCUGGAACCGCUGGGGCCGGGUGGGAGAGGUGGGUAUGUCCAAGUUGAGCUACUUCACCUGCCUGGAUGAUGCAAAGAAGGACUUUGAGAAGAAAUUUCGGGAUAAGACCAAGAACAACUGGGCGGAGAGGGAGCACUUUGUGGCUCGCCCUGGGAAGUACACACUUAUUGACGUACAAGGAAAAGCCACCGAGGCCCAGGAAGCCCUGCAGGUGGAUGGAGGCUCGGCGAGGACCGUGGUGAAGCCCUGUUCCCUCGAUCCUGCCACCCAAAAGCUCAUCACGAACAUCUUCAGCAAGGAUAUGUUCAAGGACACCAUGGCCCUCAUGAAACUGGAUGUGAAGAAGAUGCCCCUGGGGAAGUUGAGCAAGCAGCAGAUUGCGCGGGGCUUCGAGGCCUUAGAGGCGCUGGAGGGCGCGCUGAAAGCGCCCCCGGGGGCUGGCCAGAGCCUGGAGGAGCUGUCCUCCCACUUCUACACGGUCAUCCCGCACGACUUCGGCCGCAGCCGGCCCCCACCCAUCAACUCCCUGGACAUUUUACAGGCCAAGAAGGACAUGUUGCUGGUGCUGGCAGACAUCGAGCUGGCUCAGACCCUGCAGGCAGCCUCUCAGGAGGAAGAGAGAGUGGAGGAGGUACCGCACCCACUGGAUCGGGACUAUCAGCUCCUCAAGUGCCAACUUCAGCUGCUGGACUCCGGGACAGAUGAGUACAAGGUAAUCCAGAUCUACCUGAAACAGACUGGCCACAACUACAGAUGCCCGGCUCUGCAGCAUGUUUGGAAAGUGAACAGAGAAGGGGAGGGAGACCGAUUCCAGGCUCACUCCAAGCUGGGCAAUCGGAAGCUGCUGUGGCACGGCACCAAUGUGGCUGUGGUGGCUGCCAUCCUCACCAGCGGGCUCCGCAUCAUGCCACAUUCUGGUGGCCGUGCUGGCAAGGGCAUCUACUUUGCCUCAGAGAACAGCAAGUCAGCAAACUAUGUUACUACCAUGCGUUGCGGAGGCCACCAAGUGGGCUACAUGUUCCUGAGUGAGGUGGCCCUGGGCAGAGAGUAUCAUAUCUCCAGCGAUGAUCCCAGCUUGAAGAGUCCACCCGCUGGUUUCAACUGCGUCAUCGCCAGAGGCCGAACAGAGCCCGAUCCAACACAGGACAUUGAACUAGAGCUGGACGGGCAGCAAGUGGUGGUGCCCCAGGGCCAGCCUGUGCCAUGCAGAGAGUUCGUGAGCUCCAGCUUCUCCCAGAGCGAAUACCUCAUCUACCAGGAGAGCCAGUGUCGCCUGCGCUACCUGCUGGAGAUUCACCUCUGAGCGGUCUGCUCCCCGCUGCUCCUGCCAGCCUGGGCAUGAUCUUCCCUCCCCUUCUCUAUCUCCAGUACUCUCAUAUUGCACUUAAGACUAUAAUACAUGCCAGGCAUAUUGGUGGCAUACUCAGGAGAGUGAGACAGAAGGAUUACUUGAGCCUGGGAGUUUGAGGCCAACCUAUCCAUACAUACACGCACACAUACAUGCUGGGGAAAUGGCUCAGUAUCUGUAAAGUGUUUGCCUCACAAGC